CUGAAUUUCUCCUGGCGGGUGCUCAGCCCUUGGAGCAGGGGAGGACUCAGCGUGGGAGUUCUAGCCGUGCCCCGAGCCCACCAGCAGCAGCCGGGCAGCGCGCGGCUCCGUGGGCAGCUCUCCAGGCUGCUGCGGGGUCGCCUGAGCCCCUCGCCCUGCUGGGAGAGAGCACGUGGGUCCUGGUUGCAGAAGCCUGUCUCUCCCGAAAGUGUAAGGUUGCUAGCACAGGCAUGAAUGAGAGGUUACGCGGUUACUCAGGCCAUACAGCAGGAUAUGAAAAUGAGAACCACAGUGCUCCCAUGUUGUACAGCUGUGGGGCCCAGUACAGAAUACACACCCACGGAGUUUUUAGAGGCAUACAAGAUGUCCGACGGGUGCCGGGAGUAGCUCCAACUAUCGUCCGAUCAGCAAGUGAGACAAAUGAAAAACGUCCCUUCAUGUGCGCGUACCCCGGCUGUAACAAGCGAUACUUUAAGCUGUCCCAUUUACAGAUGCACAGCAGAAAGCACACUGGUGAAAAACCUUAUCAGUGUGAUUUUAAGGACUGCGAACGAAGAUUUUCUCGUUCAGACCAACUCAAACGGCACCAAAGACGACACACAGGUGUGAAGCCCUUCCAGUGUAAAACCUGUCAGAGAAAGUUCUCUAGGUCUGAUCAUCUGAAGACUCAUACCAGGACUCAUACAGGUGAAAAGCCUUUCAGUUGCCGGUGGCCCAGCUGUCAAAAAAAAUUUGCCAGGUCUGAUGAAUUAGUUCGUCAUCACAACAUGCACCAGAGGAACAUGACUAAACUGCAGUUGGCCCUUUAG